AUGUCUUCUUGGGAGAGCAAGAACGUAAGUCCGUUCGAGAACAGCAGCACGCCCAACAAGUGGGGCAACACCUCGGGCGGUUGUUCCGAGGGAGAUCCAAAUGGACCCACCGGCACUGGAGCCAAUGCCUCAAACACCAAAGGCGGGCAUAAGGACCAGAUAUCUGCAGCUUCAGUCAAGGGCGGCAGACCGUCGGGCGGGGGCUACGGCCAUCAUGGUGGAAGCAAGAAAUGA